AUGGCAACAAAUAUUGUUCAAUCAUUAAUGAAGCAUGACCUCUUUCACAUCAUUCAUGUCAUUCAUCUCCCACCUAUUGAUAUUCCUACUAAUACAAACACAGGAACAAAGCUAGCAAUGCUAAUGAGAGAAUUAAUCCCACAUAUUUGUCAUGAAAUCUCCACCAUGACAUCACCAAAACCAACCAUUCUCAUCACAGACCUAUUUGGAUCACUAGUGAUGCCCAUUGCUGAAAAAUUCAACAUGUCAAAGCUUGUUUUUUUCACUUCUAAUGCAUGGAAUGUUGCACUUACACUUCACACCCCAACAUUAGAUGAAGUGGUGGAAGGUGAGUACACAGAUCAAAAGGAGUGUAUCCAAAUUCCUGGUUGCAACCCCAUAAGCCCUUGUGAUUUGUUCACACCAUUGCUUGAUAGGAAUGAUCAAUUGUAUCAUGAAUAUCUCCAAAUUUGUGAGCAGAUAAGAAAGGUUGAUGGGAUUUUUGUGAACACUUUUCAUGAGCUAGAGGCUAAGACAAUUGUGGCACUAAGAAGUGGGAACAUAUCUAAGGUAACAGUUUAUCCAAUUGGGCCAUUGAUUAGGGAAGCUAAAAAGCAAAGCUGUGAGGAUGAAAAUAGAGAUUAUGUUAUUGAUUGGUUAGACAAGCAAGAAGAAGAGUCAGUGAUAUAUGUAUCACUUGGUAGUGGAUACACAAUGUCACAUGAACAAGUCAAAGACAUGGCUUUGGGGUUGGAGCUAAGUGGGAAGAAAUUUGUUUGGUCUUUAACAUCACCAUCUACAAAAGCUGGGGAUGAUCAUUAUCUCAUGGCAGGCGAGAAUGCCGAAUCGAAUGGCGUUGCUAUAUCUCAAGCAUCAGUCAGUUCUUUCCCAGAUGAAUUCUACAAGAUACAAAGCAAGGGAUUGGUGGUAAUGGAUUGGGCACCACAACUGGAGAUUUUGAAGCAUUCAUCAACCGGAGGGUUUUUGUCACAUUGUGGAUGGAACUCAAUACUAGAGAGUGUGUCAUGUGGGGUUCCAAUUGUGGCGUGGCCUCUAUUUGCGGAUCAAAUGAUGAAUGCUGAAAUUAUAACUAAAGAAAUUGGAAUUGGAGUUAGAUUGAAUGUGACACAAUCUACAAAUGUAGUUGGAAGUGAAGAGAUAGCAAAAACUAUAUGUAAGAUAAUGGAUAAGGAGGACAUUGAAGGUUGUGCAAUGAGGAAAAGAGUUAAGGAGCUUAAGCACAUAGCAGAAAAAGCUUGGUCUCAAGAUGGUCCUUCCUUUUGUGAAAUGACAAAUGCAUUUGUGAGAAUAAGUCAGACACAUGGGGUGUGA